AGAGGAGUUUCUUGUGCAGAAAAAAAGCGAUCUGUACUACAACAGCAGCAUCCUCACCCCAGUGUCAGGCCUGUGAUAUCCUACCUCUGGGUCCGCAUUGAUCUCUACUGUCCUGUGAGGCAGAAUGAAGUGUCCACCAUGGCCUAAAGGAAAGAAACUGGUACACCUGGAUUUGAAAGGUGCCCCUCCAAGAGUAGAAUACCUUCACAAACUAAUCGAGCUGUUCUCUCAGCUGGGAGUGGAUGGCCUGCUGGUGGAGUAUGAGGACAUGUUUCCCUAUGACGGGGAGCUGAAGCUGCUGCAGGCCACAGCACAGCCUGCAUACAGCCGAGAGGAAGUAUUAUCUAUGCAGGAAUUUGCCAGGUCGAAGGGCAUGGAGGUCAUCCCACUCGUGCAGACAUUUGGUCACAUGGAGUUUGUGUUGAAGCAUCGGCCCAUGUGGGGUCUCAGAGAGGUGGCACACUGUGUGGGCACCCUGAAUCCACACAAAGAGGAGGGGGUGAGGCUGGUGAUGGAGAUGCUGAGGCAGGUGGUGGAGCAGCAUCCAGGUCUAAACACACUGCACAUUGGAGCAGAUGAGGUGUACAUGCUCAGCGAGGGAGAGGAGUCCAAGCUAUGGUUGGCUUCACCUGGACGUACAGUGGAGCAACUUUUCCUGAGUCAUGUGGCCAAGGUCGCCGAGGCCAUCAAGAAGGCGUGGCCUCACAUGACCAUCAUAAUGUGGGAUGAUAUGAUGAGAGGCAUGAGCCAGGACACACUGAAAGCUAGCGGCCUAGUGGAACUUGUCCAGCCCAUGUUGUGGGACUACACUCCUAAUCUGGAUGUGGACAGAACUGUGUCUCUGCUGGAGAAGUAUUGCAGUGCUGGCAUGUCAGAGCUGUGGGUGGCCAGCUCCUUUAAAGGCUCCACCAGCGUUUACACCUGUGUGCCCAGCACACAGAGACAUGUGGAGAACCAUUUGCAGUGGCUGAAGGUGGCUGCGUCAUUAUCCGCUGGCAUAAACCUGAAGGGCAUCGCCAUCACAGGCUGGCAAAGGUAUGACCACCUGUCAGUGCUGUGUGAGCUGAUGCCUGUGGCUCUUCCAUCACUAGCAGCCUGUUUGCAGACACUCCUCCAUGGACAGCUCAGUGCUGAAGCUCAGAGCACAGUGACUGAGAAGCUCGGUAUUUCCUCAGUGGAAGUGGAGGUCAUGGAGAGAAGAUCUGCAGUCGACUCGCUGUUUCCAGGAAGGAGGCUAGCUGAGUUAAUUGUGGAGCUCAAUAUACUGCUGAACUCAGAGGACAUACGAUUUUUUGAAAACAACAUGAUUGUAAGAGGAUGGUUCAGCCCCUACCAACGACAGAGGAAGAUGGUGACCCCGCUUAUCACCAUGCAGAUUCACAGCCAAGCAUCAACCUAUUUGGCGACAUUGCAACAGAAGGCGGAGGCAGUAAGAGAGGAGAUGGUGCGUCUUUACCCAGAGUCAACAGCCCAAGAGUGGAUAGAGGAGCAUGUUAGCCCUGUAAUGGCUCCUUUACAGAGGAUAAGAGAGGAUAUCAUAGCCUGUGUAAAGGAGAUGGUGCCAUAGAAUAAUUUGACAACUCAGUGUCAAACUGCU